AUGAAAAUUCCCAGGAUAGAGAAUACCCAGGACACAAAUACCCAGGACACAAAUACCCAGGACACAAAUACCCAGGACACAAAUACCCAGGACACAAAUACCCAGGACACAAAUACCCAGGACACAUAUACCCAUGCAACAAGGGAACGCUCAGGCGAACCAUCUGAGGUACUCAUUGCGAAAAAACAAACCCAGCCAGGAUAG